CGCCCCACUCUUGGCUCUUCUCGUGGCUAUCUCGGCAAGUGUCAAGCCUAUGGUGUUCAUGGGACACUCGGCUCAACGGUGUCCUCAAUUCCGGCUUAUUUCUGCAUCACGUAUUCUCGGCGGCUCUCCUCAGUCUUCACCAUUUCCGCCAUAUUCUCCUCGGUCUUGGCAACCCCGUGUUAAUCACACGAUUAUGCAGCAGUACGAUGCCUCUCCUUGGCUUGUUGACAGCGGGGCUUCACAUCACAUUACGUCGGAUCUCGAGUCCUUGUCUUUGCACAGCCCAUACCGCGGUGGUGACGAAGUGAUUCUCGGAGAUGGGUCGAGUCUUCCCAUUACACAUACGGGUGAAGGAUCUAAACACGGGGGCGGCUCUUCUCAAGGGAAAGCUUAAAAAUGGUGUGUAUGAGUGGUCGGCUUCCUCUUUCAUCUCAUCUCCUCAUGCCUCUUUGUCGUGUCUUAAGCCCUCGUUGUCUGAGUGGCACUAUCGUUUAGGUCAUCCGUCUUUUUCUAUUGUCCGUCAUGUUGUGUCCAAGUUCAAAUUACCAUUGUCUCGGGAUUCAUCUUCUUCUUUUUUGUGAUUCUUGCUCUCGUAAUAAAAGUCAUAAACUCCC